AUGCCACCCAAGACAAAAACAGGUGUUGCCCACGCGAAAACGAUCACACGUGCGGGGAUACAAGGGAGACCGUCGCAAGGGCAGGCUCCAAAACAACAACGGAAGAUUCCAGAAGAAGUCGCCAUGUCAACUUUGACGACGCCUCCUCCGAGUAAGUCAAAUCAACAGACGUCGCCUGAGAAUGAUGACGAGAUGGAUCAUGAAGGCCAGGGAGAUACAUCCAUUGAGUCGGAGUCGCUCGAAGGCCUGUAUACCCUGUGCUCGACUCUACCCGAUACGUAUCGUUUUCUUUUGGCGCGAGAGAUCAAUUUUCAGGAGCGACGAUGCACUAAGAAGGCCCUCACAACCGUGAUUAACCAUUUUUAUCCGGAUUGGAAACCUGCGAAUCGGAACUGUUCUAAGCGCUACAUGAUCAACCAAUUUGUCGCCAAAGUGAAGCCAGAAAUCGACCGAUACUUAGAUGAAAUUGAAGAAAAUGAUGAAGCCGAGGCUGAAAAAGAUGAAGAGUUGCCUGAUGACAAUGACGAUCACGAAGGCGCGGUGGUUGAUCUGUCUGGGAUAAAUCCGAAUAAUUCUAGUAUUACUGUCGACGUAAUCCUUGAGAUCAUCGCCGAAUUCAAGCCCAAGAUCAAGCUUCCUGACACCAUGUCAAAACAUGCUGCCAUCGUUGCUUAUCACCAACACAUAAUGCCUCCACCUGUUGGGGGCUUUCCUCCUCCUUUCACUCGCCCACCUCACAUAGUGCCUGCGCCCUACCACAAAUACCUGACACGCGAUGAGCUUCGAUACACACUUCAACACUUUUGCCCACAAAUCUUUCUACCCGGGGCUCCAUCGAAAACCAUUCUAUUGAGUAUCUACGAGCGAUAUGUGCAGCAACUUGUACCUCAAACAGUAGCGUUUGAAGGAGUCCAUUUCUAUGUUUGCUUGUCCGAGGAUGGAGGGAACGAUGAGGUCAUGGUCGAGGAGGAAGUAGAUGACGGUGCUGAGGAAUUUUGA